CACACUACGUCUCGCCCGCACAAGCCACCUGACGGUGUCGGCCUAACCUUCUGGUACGUUACCUAGUACUGUGAUAUACUAUCCAAAGCAGGGACUGGGUGAACAGUGUCACAAUAGAAAAGACGUCAGAGGUCUACCAUCCAGAGUGGACCUAUGAUGGAAGUUCUGUCGUCCCACUUUGACAGACAUGCUGGGGCAAGGUUACGUUUCUAGAGGCGCAGAUCGAUUGGACUGAACUGGCGGACACGGAUGAUACCACAGAGAGAUAACUGCCAGCAUGCCUUGUUCUGUAAACGGCUGCUUUCUGGCGGUGUCUGGAUUCUUCGAGAGAAUUUUCAAGAAGAUUGGUAUUUUCAUCGGAACAUAUCCCGUGCUGUUGAUCAUCGGGUCUGUCAUUGUGGCGCUUGGUCUCAGCUGUGGUAUGCUAACACUGUCCAGCGAGUCUGACACAGAGACACUGUACACGCCCGUUAACAGCCGAGCAUCACAAGACAGAGUUCAGUACCAGGCCACGUUUCCCGAUGCCACGGGAAGCAACUACCGCGGAUAUGCGCUCACGACACUAGACAUGAACGGACAACUCUUAAUAAGCAGCACGACAGGCGGGAAUGUGUUCACUAGUGCUUCUGUGGAGGAAAUGCGAACCCUUAUCAGUGAUAUCAAAAGUAUUAAUGCAACCUUUGACAGUGUAGUGUUUACUUACAGCGAUAUCUGUGCUCGGCAGGGAGGUAGCUGCUAUGUGUCAGGAGAGUUCCUCACGACAGAUGCUGUAUACCAAGCCUAUCUAUCUGGUGGAAUCACCUACCCCAGAUGGAAUAACAUAGACUUAUCAGCAUUUCUUGGUCAGGUUGACUCCACAGGCGGACAACUAGUGUCUGCAAAGUACCUGAGCAUUACCUUUAAUUUACGAAUGGAUUCAGCUGAUAACAAGGCAAAGGCAAGAGCCUGGGAAGAGGAGUUCCUGAAGAGAGCAGCAGCUUUAGACACAACAUCUACCAGGAUAAACUACGCCGCCUCACAUUCAUUGGACACAGAGCUGAACAAAAACACAAACGGAGACAUUGUGUUCUUCUCUAUAACGUUCCCGUUGAUGAUCACGUAUGCCACUGUCGUUGCCGGCGGUGAUGGGGUGUCAUCGAGGGCGUGGGCAUCUUUGGCUGGCGUUCUUGCUGCUGGAUUUGGUAUUUUGUCUUCCUUUGGACUUGUCAGCCUUUGUGGUGUCAAAUUCGUCAACAUCGUCGGUGUGACACCUUUCUUAGUCAUAGGUAUCGGUGUGGACGACAUGUUCCUGUUGAUGUCCAGCUGGGCGGAGACCUACCCUCUACGAGACCAGACUGUAGCCUCCAGGAUGGGGAAGACGUUUGCCUCAGCGGGUAUCGGUAUCACCAUCACAUCCCUCACGAAUCUCCUGGCCUUCUUGACUGGUAUAUCCUCCGUAUUCCUCAGCGUUCGGAACUUCUGUGUCUAUACAGGUGUGGGCGUCAUCUUCUGCUACCUAUACCAGUGCCUCCUCUUCUCCCCCUGCCUGGCCCUCCAUGCCCGUCGUGUUGACAGCAACAGACACUGCAUGACCUGUCUCAAAACCAAAUCCAGAGACGAAUUCAGGAACGAUGGCGCCUCCACCUGUAAAGUGUUCUGCUGUGGAGGGUCACCACCAACAAAGAGGGGGCAGGACGAACGAUUCUUUGAGACCCUGCCACGGAAGUACCUGCCACGAAUGUUGCUGAAUAUGUGGGGGAAAAUUGUUGUUAUUCUCAUAUAUAUUGUAUACCUUAGCGUGUCCAUAUGGGGAACACUGAACUUCAAACAAGGGUUGAUUCUGAAGAAUCUUGUUUCCUCAACCUCUUACUAUUAUUCAUACAGGGAAACGUAUGAUAUGCACUUCCCCCGCGCAUUCCCGAUCCCAUUUGUCUUUGGGUCGACUACAGACUAUACCAAUACACAAACUGUGAAUAACAUUGACUUGCUGAUACAGAAUGCAAAGUCCGACAGUAGUGUUGAUGCAGACUCUCUCAUCUGUUGGUUAAACAUAUACAGGAACGAUUCAAGUUAUGAUAGUAGCAGUUCAGCAGCCUUUGUGUCGGGACUAAAAACAUUCCUUACAGCAAAUACAGUGUAUGAGAACGAUGUUGCCUUCGACUCUAGUAACAAUUGCAUUAUUGCAUCAAGGUGUUACUUGUUCUCAACUGAUAUCAAGGAUUCCAAUGUCCAAGCUGAUGUGAUGGUUCGAAUGAGGGCAUUGGCAGACAACUCACCUCUCUCUGUCUACACCUUCUAUCCAUCCUAUAUCUUCUAUGAGCAAUAUGUUGCUAUCCUACCCAGUACAUUACAAACUGUGGGCAUCGCACUGGUCGUUAUGACUAUCGUGACUUGCAUCUUCCUUCCUCAUCCUCUCCUGGUUUUCCUUGUGGUCAUUAACAUUGUUUCUAUCCUCGUUGGCAUCUUCGGGUUCCUUCAUUUCUGGGGACUGAGUCUCAGUUCAGUGACAAUGAUCCACCUCCUCAUGUCUGUUGGCUUCUCGGUAGACUUCAGUGUGCACGUGUGUUCUGCCUAUAUGAUUGGGAAGGGAAGAAACAGGAGAGAGAAAGUCGAAUCUGCCAUUGUCCACGCAGCUGGUCCCAUAUUAAAUGGUGGAAUGUCAUCUUUUCUGGGUAUUCUUGUGCUGGUGUUCUCAAAGUCCUACAUCUUCAACUCGUUCUUCAAGAUCAUGUUUACAGUUAUCCUGUUCGGUAUGUUGCAUGCCGUCUUCCUUUUCCCAGUGGUACUGGUCAUCCUUGGGCCAGUUGUCAAAUCAAGAGGUGGAGAGUCACCAACGCCUCCCGUUGAUCAUCUACUAACAUAAGUGACGGUAAAGACGAUUCGUCUUGAGACUUUACAUUUUAAUGUUUCUAGGAUUUAUACGG